GCGCUGUAAAUCGAACACGAUUUUCUCUGCGUUUGUUUUGUUCAUGCGCUUACAAGCUAUAGGUGAAAUGAGAGUAAGAGUUAAUCUACUAGAGUUUACACGGGUAGGCCACGAUCAUCCAUCCUCUACCGCUUAUCCUUUUUCAGGGUCACUGGGAACUUGGAGCCUAUCCCAGGGAGCAUCGGGCACGAGGCGGGUUUCUGGUCAGAGUGAUCCUGUUAUUGCCAGUUCUCUAUCACAAUGGCAGUCAGAGCAUCCUUUGAGAAGAACAAUGAAAUUGGCUGCUUUGCAAAGCUCACCAACACAUACUGCUUGGUGGCAGUAGGUGGCUCAGAAAACUUCUACAGUGUCUUUGAAGGUGAACUAUCAGAAACAAUCCCAGUGGUGCACGCGUCUAUAGCAGGAUGCCGGAUCAUCGGGAGGAUGUGUGUAGGAAACCGUCACGGACUUCUUGUGCCCAACAACACAACAGAUCAAGAGCUGCAGCACAUGAGGAACUGCUUGCCAGAUGCUGUGCGCAUUCAGAGAGUGGAGGAGCGACUGUCUGCACUUGGAAAUGUCAUUGCUUGCAAUGACUAUGUGGCUCUAGUUCACCCCGAUCUUGACAGGGAAACAGAAGAGAUUCUGGCUGACAAUCUUAAAGUGGAGGUGUUCAGGCAGACGGUGGCUGAGCAGGUGCUUGUGGGUAGUUACUGUGCCUUCAGUAACCAGGGAGGCCUUGUGCACCCCAAAACAUCUAUUGAAGACCAAGAUGAGCUCUCAUCACUCCUACAAGUGCCUUUAGUCGCCGGUACUGUAAACCGAGGCAGUGAGGUGAUCGCUGCUGGCAUGGUGGUGAAUGACUGGUGUGCCUUCUGUGGUUUGGAUACAACAAGCACAGAGCUGUCAGUCAUUGAGAGUGUGUUCAGGCUGAGUGAGACUCAACCGAGCACCAUAGCCACCAGCAUGAGGGACUCGCUUAUUGACAGCCUCACAUAAAUUCUGCAUGGAUGUAAAACAUGUUUUGGAAAUGGGUUGAAUACCAGACCAGGAUAUGGACAUCACCAUCAAGUGCAACAUUUAUCCCUUCCUGGACACAACUAUAGAGAUACACAUACACUUUGUAUUGUUUUGUAGUGUAUAAAGUGAUGUAAAUCUAAAUUUAAGUAAGCAAAAUUACAUUGAUAAAUCCAGUUUGCAACAUUUUCAUUGGUAAAGCUGCAGAACAAAGUGAGGGGGGGGGCUUACCAUGUAAAAUAUUCAUUGAGUAAAGAAUUUUAUUGUCUCUUAUUGUGUCAAUGUAGUGCAGUACCAUUAAAACUUUGGUUAAUACUCA